AUGGGAGAGGUGGAGGUGCCGGUGGCUGCUGCGGCAGACUACUCAGCGCUGCGGGCUGUGCAGUUGCGGGAGGCCUGCCGAGAGAGCGGCCUGCCCAUCUCCGGAACCAAGACAGAGUUAGCCAAGCGCUUGGCAGGACGCCAGGCGCUGACCCAAGCGGAGGUGUUGGCAAAGCGACAGAGUUAUGCGAGGGAUGGUCGUGGCCCCGCUACACCCAAGCAUCCCAAGAAGACCAAGGGUUCAAAGUCCUCCCUCCGCAAGAAGCGACGGAUGGCCAGAAGUGGCGGGACCAACAUCAGCGAGGCAGAUUUCCGCAAGUUGCUUUGGGCGGUGGAGGACGGCUGCUUGCGGUGUGGCUGCACUGGCGCGUUCCGGUACCGGAACGGAAGGUUCGGGCUCUUCCUCUUCUGCACGCGCUGCAAGAAGCCAGAGACCUUGGAGAAGGCGGUCCGUCGACUGGAUGAGGGGCCCGUGACAACGUUAAUCGUUGAGCUCGAGGACCUUCUGGACCCUGUAACUAUCGAGUCCCAGGAAUGCACUGAGGGCCCCAGCGUUCGCGUACACGCGCGCGGUGCCCGGGACUGUGCCGCCCUGAGGGCCUGGGCGGCCGAGGCUGGGCUCCUCUCCUUUGUGCUAGACGCUGCCAGCGCUCCGCGCCGAGACUGGUCGGACCCGGCCGUCUUCGUGUUUGCGGACGGCUGCGUGGAGAGCGAGGAGAGGCAGGAGAGGCUGGGAUUCACGCUGCCGCUUGCGGAAGCCUCGGCCGCCCUCCAGCGCUUGAAAGACGUCGUCCAGCGCGCCACGGCGGUGACCUCAGACCUCGGAAGGGUCAGGAUCGAUGAGUUGCCGGAUGCAACCUCCGGGCUGGUGCAGCGGCUGUCGGAAAGAUCUCGGCGACGAUCCAAGCAGACGGUGAGCAAACAGGCCAGGAGCCUCCUCGAUGCCACGGACGAUCUCUGGGCGAUCUCAAGCCGCUCUGAGCUGAUGGAAGCCCUCCGCAGACGGAGAGUCGGAGGCCGUUACUUGUGGGAGGUGGAGAUCUUCACGGUGGCUUCAGCCCUUCCUGCACUGCCUGCUGUGCCUGAGGCGACGGAGGCUUCUGGGACUGCUCUGGACCAUGAGCUGGAAGAGGAGGCGCUGUCUGUGCUGGCCGCAGCUGACGCGGCCGAGAUGUGUAAGAAGGCCCUGGUCAGAGCCCCGCAUCUGGAAGCGCUGCGGCGAUUUCAGUGGGAGGGUGUGCGACGGGCCCUGGAACUUGGCGGGCGAUGCCUGAUUGCAGAUGAGAUGGGGUGCGGAAAGUCCCCGCAGGCGCUGGCCCUGCUUGCAGCUUACAAUGCCUGGCCGGCUUUGGUGAUCUGUCCCGCAUGUAUGCGGCUAACCUGGGCUGAAGAGAUCGAGAAGUGGCUCCCUGGCAUGCUGCAGCCGCGACACAUCCACAUCAUCUACAGCUCGAAUGACAUGCUCCCACAUACGGAAGAGAACAGCCUCGGAGACGUUCGUAUCUGCCUUGUGUCAUACUCCAUGGCCCGACUCCUCUUUCAAAACCUGAAGGCCAGGGACUGGAAGGCCGCCAUCGUCGAUGAGUCCCACAGCCUGCGCAUCGUGAGUGGUCGGCCCAAUCAGGCCACCAAGGCGGUGCUGGAGUUGCUGAAGCCCAUCCCACGGGUGUUGCUGUUGUCAGGCACGCCCUCGCGCUCAAGCUACCUGGACAUCUUUACCCAAGCGGACUUGCUGCUCCCGGGCGUGUUUGGGGACUGGCACAGCUUUGCCCGAGACUACGAUGAGCCGUCCCUCUCGACGGCGGGGUUCUUGGCACCAGGCCGCUGCCGCCGGAGCUGGCAACUGGGGCUUCUUCUGCGCGAGGCCGUCAUGGUCCGUCGGCGCAAGUGUGAGGUUUUGGAAGAGCUGCCUCCGAAAACGAGGCGUUUCAUCCGACUGAACCUCUCUAGCGAGCAGAGUGGCCAGCUCUCCGACAAGGAGGCGGCGGCGCAAACGGAUUACGAGCGCUGUGGGCUGCUAAAGCUGGUAGCCGCCGAGUCUUGGAUCCGGGAGAAGCUGGAGCAGUGCGUGCAGACAGGUCAGCAAGCAGUGAUCUUUGGGCAUCACAUCCGCGUGCUGGACCGCGUGUGCCGGCUCGCUGAGGGGCUGAGCUACGUGCGGAUCGACGGCUCCACACCGCCCAUGACCCGGCAAGCACUGGUCGCCCAGUUCCAGCGGCCCGCUUCGCGCAGUUCAGCGACCUCAACGACCUCAACGACCUCAGCGACCUCAGCGACUUCAGCGACUUCAGCGACUUCAACGGCUGCGCCGGUCCUGGCUGUGAUCGGGAUCACCGCCUGCGCCGUCGGCGUGGACUUGUCCGCGGCCUCCGUGUGCAUCUUCGCCGAGCUCCCGCCGGAUGCCUCCUGGCUGCAGCAGGCAGAGGACCGGCUGCACCGCCGCGGCCAGCGCCAAGCCGUGGAUGUGCUGCUGCUCCAGGCAGCGGCCGCCCAGGCAGCGGCGGAGGCCCCGGAGGCUUCGGAGGCUCCCGCGGAGGCCGCCGCGGCCCCACGGAAGCGGAAGCGCCCCAAGGCCAAGUUCCCCUGGAGCCCGGCCGAGGUGGCGCAGUGCUGCGAGGCCCGCUCGCUAGCAUGCAUGAGAAUGAGCAUGAGUGAACAACUACAUGCUCAUACAAAAACAGGUCCCGCAGGGGCCAUGGAUUGCCGUAGCGCCGUAGUGUUUUCUGCACCUUUGGUGUUGUUCGGCUGGGGGUGGGGGUUAGUAACGUCAAACAAAAGACCAAAGCAGUGCCGACAACCCUCGUCACGAAUGGGGUAUCUCUCUUCUGUGUCAUUCUUGCAGUUUAAGCUGCAUUCCCAAAGUAGUUGGAGCGACUUCUGUAGGGUGUGUUUUCUGCUCCUGAAAGCCUCCUAG